ACUGCCACUAAGGCACUAAGCAAUGUGCUUUAGGGACACGCUGCUAAUUUGGCAGCUCAAAAGAGCUCAGGAUACUACUUAGGCAUGCACCGACAGUCUUCUUGCGUCGCACUUUGAGAGGGUUGACGUUGGAAAAUAUACCAGUAUUUGCCAAAUACAGUCGUGCUAGCAAGUCGCAACAGCAGUUGGCGAGUCAACCAUGCCAGCACCGAAUUCCUCCUCUCCUCUGAUCCCCUAUAUGAUCGGAGCUCAGAGUCUCCUCCGUUGAACCAGAUUCAAUCCGGCCACCUCAGAGCUCUCCUGCCUCCAUCUAUCUGAAGAAGUUCAGGCGAGAGCGGCAGAGCAGCAGAGCAGCUAGGGAGAAGAGAAGCAGCAGCGGUAGCUGGGGAUGGACUCCGCGGAGAGGUCCAGGAAGAGGGCGCAGCGAUGGAGCAAGCGCAAAGCCGUCGUCGUCCACCUCGCCGUCUGCUUCGUCGUCGGCGCCUUCGCGCCACUGGUGGCCACCCGUGGCCCGUUUCUUCCGUUUGGCGGUGUUCAGCGAGUGGCCCCACCAUCACCCCCUGCUGCCCCCGACAUCGGCCUCCUGCUGGUCGUCACCGUCACACGGCCGGACGAGGAUGGCAUGUUGCAGGAGGCGUCGCUGACGAGGCUCGGGCACACGCUGCGGCUCGUCCCGCCGCCCCUGGUGUGGAUCGUGGUCGGUGCUGAGAACAGGUCGUCGUCGACGGUCCAGGUGCUGCGCAGCACCGGCGUCAUGUUCCGGCAUCUCACCUACGCCGUCGGCAAGAACAAUGCCACCAACACCACCACCGCGGUGAACAUCGCCACGAACAACAACACCGGGGAUGCCAACGCCACCGCGGAGAACAUCGCCACCAACAAGAGCACCACGGAAGCCAGCACCACCAACACCACUACCACCGCCGAGAAGAACGGCACCAACAACACCAUCGUCGAGACCAACGACACCGACAACAAUACCGUGGAAGCCAACGCCACCAACAACACCACCGUGGAAGCCAGCGCCACCAACACCACCACCGCCGCCGAGAAGAAAAGCACCAACAACACCAUUGUAGAGAACAACGCCACCAACAACAACAGGAAUGCCAGUGAAGAAGCGGACCUGCAGAGGAACGUGGCACUGAGCCACAUCGAGCGGCACCGGCUUGCCGGGGUGAUCCACUUUGCCGCCCCCUCUGCCAUAUAUGACCUCCGGUUCUUUGAAGAGCUCAGGCAGACUCGGGGCGUUGCAGCAUGGCCAACGGCAACAGUGUCAUCAGCAGACCAGAGAGUAACACUACAAGGACCAACCUGCAACUCAUCACAGAUAACAGGCUGGUACUCCAAGGCCUCAGGCACCAAUGAGACACAUAGAGCACCUGUGGCUGCUGCACAAGAUGCAGGUGCAAUCUACAACAGCUCAGGUUUAGCUCCAGAAAUAUGCAUAUCUGGACUUGGGUUCAGGAGCUCAAUACUCUGGGAAUCAGAAAGGUUCAUCAACAGCAACAGCUCUUCAGGAGGCAGCUCUCAGGACUUCAUCCAGCUUGUACGACAAAUGGCGGUCGGCGACGGGCGGAAGAGCAUCCCUUCUGACUGCUCCGAGUCACGGGUAAUGAUGUGGCACCUUAACAUGCCAAAGUACACUCCAGAAGGUGAAGAACGGGAGACUCCACAGGAGCAAAGUCUAUUGGAGGAAGACGAAGAGGACUAUAUGGCUUGAUAUUGAGAACUAGAGAAGAACCAUAUUGCAGUACAGCUAUAUAGAUAGAGUAGAUAGAUGAACAAAUGUCAUGCAAAACUCCACACAGGCCAACCUUAUGUAGUACAUCAUUUAUUCCUUAACCAGCACAACUUGGUCUUGGAAGUGUCAAACAGUCAAA